CCAGGUCAUGGGAGGGAGCACAGCUCAAGCCUAGGCAUUAACUUGUCAGAGGAAAUAGCUUUAUAGGGGAUCUGUAAUCGGGUGUGGAAGGCACUGCAGGUGUGAUGCUUGUUCUGUGUCAGUAAAUUGUGCCUUUGGAUGUGACUCAUCACUGUGGGCAAGUGACUGGGAGACUAGGACAGGGCAAGAUGAGGGGGACCCAUAGAGCUCAACAUAAAAGAGAUGAACUAAAGCAACCGUCCCUCUGCUCAGUUUCCUCAUCUGUGAAACAGGAAUUGAUCAGGGAUAUCCUGAGGAUUUAGCGAUAUCUGGAGACCGCUUUGGAGGCAUUAAAACUAGCAAGCAUAUUAUCUGCAUUUCAAAGUACUCUUUGGACAUCACUUAAUUCAUUUUGACAGCAGCUCUGUGCAAGAAAUGUGGCUGUCUCCAUUGUCUGGAUGGGAAAACUGAGUCUAAGAGGCAGACCAAAACAGAGGUGGCUGGGGAAGGAAAUGCGAGCACAGGAUAGCACUGGGUCAGGGAGAGCUGCGACCUCCUGUCUCCCAUGGCUCAGCAGCCUGGUUUUAAGAGCACCCAUUGCAGGUGAACUGCUCCAUCCACAUGUACUUUGGGGUAUUGAUCCCACAUAAUCCCUAUCUGAUGUCCCGGCUACCCUGCUUCCAACAAAUGGUUCCCCAGGCAGCAGCACUAGACCUUUUCCCUGCUGAUUUGUGUCUCCUGUCUUCUAAAUCUUUCUCUUUCCCACCAGUACAUCCAAUUCUCUCCCUUGUCCCCAGAUCUCACAGUCCUUUGUGCAAGCUUGGAGCUCCUUCCCUUAUCUGCCAUUUCUCUAUCCCCUUCUCUAGGCUCACUAGGGGUCUGGAGGCAUGUGAAAUAUCAGGAGCAAUAGGCAAGAAGGUGGCAGCUCCACAUGUAAGGAAUGAGAUGAAGAAACAUGAUCUGCCGGUGUGGGCUUGUUCCCUGUUUUGAUUAAUUUGUAGCUCUUGUUGAUUAAAAAAUCACAGCUGAGUUCUGCUAACAUGAGAUGAGGGAGAGCUAAGGCUGGGGGUUCAGACCCUUCCUUUCAGGCUAAGUGAAUUUAUCCCGGAUGUGAGUGUCUGUUACUGUAUUACUAAUUUACAAGGAGCUGUGGUGUGAAAGCUGUUGAGACUUCUACCGUUUUUCACAUGUGCGCUAGAAAAGUUGCACAUGGACAACUUGAAAGGCAAUGUGCAACUCCACAUCAGCAGCUGAUGAGUGAUUUCCUGUGACAGAAGUAGCCUGCCCUGUUCUGCAAGGUUCAUUUUCAGUGCUUCUUCCUGUUUAAGGAAUGUUUGUCCAGGGGGAUGAUGAUUUGUAUCACAUCAGUGUUUAGGGAAUGUAACCAAGAUCAGCCUGCCGUUGCACGGAGCUCUACAGUCACUUAGGGUGACUUUGCCCCCUCACAAAGUGGGACUAAUCUGUGGUUAUUUAAAUGCCUGACUCUCACUGAAGGAUGUGUUUAGGUAUCUCUAUCUUUUAAGCAAGCACCAGAGUUAUGGGAGAAACUGAGGGUGUAAAGUGAGGUGACAAAGGCAGUAGAGAAAGUCAGCGGCAGAGCAAGAAACAGACUGUUUCCUAGUGGUUACUGCCUGUCGAUGUGACCCUGGCUCCGCAGCAGUGAAACACCACCUUUUGCUUUGCCAUUUCAACUGAAUUUUGGAAGGUGGUAGUUCACUGGGAGCCCGUAGGACUGUAGUGUACGGCAGGAGUGAUUGGACACGUGGGAAGAGGCUAUGGGGUUGUGGUCCUGACCCUCUGCACCCGUCUCAACUUGCGCCCGUCUCCAAAAGAUGCUGCGACCUCCGGCCCGGCUACGAGCUGAAACAACGUCUGCUUUCUCCUCCCUCUGCUGAGCAGCGGCCGCUCGGAUGUUGGAAUAAGGUGAGGGCUCUGCCAAGCAGUCAGAAGCCCCUGCUGAGCAGGGCGUGCAGCUCUGCUGCGGAGGGAAGGGCGCUCUUCCCUGCAGCACCCUGGCUGCGCGGGGCGGAGGGAGGAGCGGGCCCUGAGCCCCAGCCGCCUUAGCUCCGCGGAUUCGUGUGCGGGAGGCAGUGAAGGGAGCGAGCAGGGAGUCCCGUGGAAGGGAAGAGACAGAGAAGCCGCGACACUGUGCUUCCUCCCCCUGUCUCUGAGGAGGAGGAGCGGGAGGGGAGCGCCAGAGCCACUUAGGGCGAUGCGCCGCUGCGUGCGGGAGUGAGUCCUUGCGGAGCAUCCUCCGCGCAGCCUGAGAGCCGGGUGUGCGCCCGCUUGCCCGAGGAGGAUCCCCCCUUCCAACACCCGUGCUGCUGCCUCCUUGUUUCUCCAGCGCAGCCGCUCCUCGGACGAGGCGGCGGUCAGGUCCCCGAAGUGAAGGGAAAAUUCUGAAAUGCAGAAAAGUUUAUUUGCUGCCGCAAAUGGGAAUCUGGAAUAAUUAUGAAAAACACACUGAAGUAAUUGUGUUUGACUGGAACAAAAUUCUUGCAAAGUCCCCAAGGAUGAGAUUCUGUGCCAAAUCAAUGCUUCUAUCUGACUGGCUCUUUCUGGUCUAUGUGUUAAUGGUCUGCUGUAAAUUGUUGUCCGCCUCUAGCCACCAUCCACGGGGGCACACAGGCCAGCACCAAGUCAAGCAAGGGACAUGUGAAGUUGUGGCAGUGCAUCGUUGCUGCAAUAAGAACCGUAUUGAAGAACGAUCACAAACAGUCAAGUGUUCCUGCUUCCCGGGGCAGGUGGCAGGUACAACAAGGGCUCAGCCCUCGUGUGUGGAAGCUUCCAUCGUCCUACAGAAGUGGUGGUGUCAUAUGAACCCCUGUUUGGAUGGAGAGGACUGUAAAGUACUACCAGACUAUUCAGGUUGGUCUUGCAGCAGUGGAAAUAAAAUCAAAACCACAAAGGCAAGUACAGAGAUCACCUAUAUUUAA